CCCAGAAUCCCUGACAGUUCGAUGAGACCGCUUUCGAUUAGUCCCGCCUGGCCAGAGUCAAUCCGUGUUGUUUCUGUUUUCGGGAACUCUGAGAGUCAACAGGCUCAGAAAGAAGGAAAAGGAGAGAAAAGGCUUCGACCAGGACAAACACCCGGGCAGUUAUCCGCUUUAAAGUAUCGCAGCACGGAUCCUCGAGCACAGCAGGCCUGGAUGGACGUCACCCCCUCAGCCUGGAACAGAUGGUGAAAAAGGAAAGAAGUGAAUGGCACUGAAAACUCCAGGGUCUGAGACAACUGGAGCAGCGUAAUGACUACCAGGCAGGGUGGCCAUGUUGAUCAAACUCCGUUUCCGGGCUUCAGGCCAUCCUCUGCUUCUAAACUGCAUGUGCAGCGUUCCCAGUCCCGAGAGACCAUCACCAUUCAUUUCUCCGCACUGGGCAGGGAGGAAGAAGACGAUGAAGAAGAGCUAUAUGGAGUUGGCACCUCAGACUCACCCAGUGAAGCAAUGGCAAAUAGUCAAGGAAUUGUAACAGCUUUGGAAGCAAGUGAAGACCUUGUUCUUGAGGGAGAAUCUGAGGCAAAAUCUGUUAAUAAUGUUGCUGUACUCCCCGUUGAGACCAGCGUGCUUUCAACCAUGUCUGGUCAACAAAACACUAACAGCCCGGAUCAUAAUUUCACUUCUACUGCUUCAGCCCUUGCUGAGGCUAAGAAGGGGACUGGACCCUCAUCUGGUUCCACCAACUCUUCACCUUCCAAAUCUGUAUCCCUUCCCUCAAUGGACAAGGCCUUUCUCAACCUCAUGAAGUCUCUGUCUACAGAUGUGGAACCUCGUGAAGGCAUCCCUGCACCUUCCUUACGCCAUCGGCAACUUGUCAAGAAUCUGGUUAAGUCGUUAUCCACGGAUACUGCCCAAGAUCCUGCGGGAUCCAACCGCUCUUCAGAUUCCCGCCUCAACCUGCAGAUGUUCAAGCAGUUCACUCAACCUCGGACGACCACCGCCACAACUGUGGGAGAUUCCAAAACUGCCCCAUCUUCUCCGUUAACCUCACCUGACAAUCGGCCCUUCUCUUUCAAGGUUUCAGAGGUCGAGGCACGCAUCGAGGAUACCAAGCGGCGUCUUUCAGAAGUGAUUUCUGAUCCCUUGCAAUUAAUCAGCAAGUUCAUUGGAGAUGAGGCUUCCAACAUCUACAGGCCUAAACCCCUUUCGUCCAGUGCCUCGGAGUCAACAAACCUCUCUGCCCUAAACGGUCAUUUGGAGCGUAACAACAAUUACAGCAUCAAGGAAGAAGAAGGUGAUCUGGAAGGCGAAUACACAACUCAAGGUGCAACUGAGCAGGUCUCAGCUUCUGAAAGCAAGACUGUCAAACCUUCUCCAUCAUCUUUGGGAUUGGAUAUGUGCUCCAUGUCAGCACUGGCCAAGCAAGAGGAUGAAGAGUUCUGUGAGCUUUAUAGUGAAGACUUUGAACUUUGUCCAGAAACAGAAUUGGAAGUUGACCAUACCGAGGAUUCUAAAAUUAGAAGUAGUGUUUGCAUGCCUACUAGUCAGAGCAUAAACACUUUUGGAGAGGAUGAGGUGGACUUUGAAACCACACCUAGUAUUCCACACAAGACUUUGUUUGCUCUGACAGUCCUUGUCUAUGGAUACUUUGUUCUACCUUUGCCCACCUACUUUGGUGGAAUGCUGCUGGGUGUAGCAUUAGGGUUCAUGCUUGCCAUUGGUGUAGUGUGGCUAACAGGCCCAAAGAGAGCGGGAAUUACUGCUAGAUUUGCAAGACACCAGAGGCAGCUAUGUAACUUGGAGCAUUUGGAUAUCAAAGAGCCAGGAAUAUUUAAGGGCUGGAUGAAUGAGAUUUAUAACUACGACCCUGAGACGUACCAUGCGACCCUGACUCACUCAGUAUUCGUGCGCUUGGACGGCUCAACUCUGCGAAUCUCCAAACCCAAUAAAAACAUCACCCGCCGGGCGAGCUGCAACGAGCCCAAAUGGGAUGUCACCUACAUCAGCCAGAAAAUCUAUGACCUGACAGACAGCAAGGUGUCCCUGGUACCCCCGGGUCUUGCCAGAAAGCGUGUGUGGAACAAGAAGUACCCUAUAUGCAUCGAGCUGGCAAAGCAGGAUGACUUCAUGUCCAAAGCAGAAGGAGAGAGAGCUUCUGAAGAGAAGGAAAACGCAGACAUGCCUGUAGAGCCCAGAAGGGCCUCCUCUGUGAACUCACAGGACGGAGGCAGAGCAGGCUUGGACAGAGAGCCACCCACUGUGUACCUGUUUGGGAGAACAGGAAGGGAGAAGGAAGAGUGGUUCCGAAGAAUUCUGCUAGCCUCAAAACUUAAAUCUGAAACAGCUAAGAAGACAGCAAGCCUACCUGUCAGCAGGAGCGCUCCGGUGCUGUCCCACAGCCGCAGCAGCAGCAGGAGCAGUCUGGAUGAGCUACUGUCCUCUCCGGCCUCUAAAAGAGAGAUGUGUGCGAGUGCCAAACUAAAGCCUCUGCUGGAGUACAGCACCUACAUGGCCAACUACAUUAACUCCUCUACAGCAUGUAGCCGGGCCGGCAGCCCGGGAGAGAGCCCUCAAAGCAGCCCUGGGGUGGCAAAAAAGUUGCCAAACGACUCAGUAAAAGAGGAGGGACCUGUUUGCUGGGUAAACGCUCUGAUUGGUCGGAUUGCGUGGGAUUUCCUCAGAGAGAAGCACUGGGCUGACUGGGUGUCCAAGAAGAUUCAGAUGAAGCUUAGUAAAAUCAGGUUGCCUUACUUCAUGAACGAGCUCACCCUGACGGAGCUGGACAUGGGUGUGUGCACUCCCAGCAUCCUCUGGGCCUCUCAGCCCUCGGUGGACCAUCAAGGUCUGUGGUUUGAUUUGGAGAUUUCUUAUAAGGGUUCAUUCCUCAUGACUCUGGAAACAAAGAUGAACCUGUCCCGUCUGGGAAAGGAGGGAGAGGGUCUCGGAGAGUUUGGAAAAGAAGGGCACAGACCUCGGACGUACUGCCUGGCUGACAGUGACGAGGAAUCGUCCAGCGCCGGCUCCUCUGACGAAGAUGAUGGGACAGAAAACGUAACUGAUAAAAACUUGCCCCCGGGAGCAGAGGGAUACAGCGGAGUCCACAGACCAAGCAAGAUCAUGAGAUUCGUGGACAAGAUAACCAAGAACAAGUACUUCCAGAAGGCAGCGGAGACGGAGUUCAUUAAGAAGAAGAUGGAGGAGGUGUCCAACACGCCACUCCUGCUCACUGUAGAGCUUCAGGAGUGCAAAGGAACGCUGGCCGUCAACAUCCCCCCUCCCCCCACCGACAGGAUAUGGUAUGGCUUCCGCAGUCCACCCCUGCUGGAGCUGAAGGCACGUCCUAAACUGGGAGAAAGAGAAGUGACUCUUGCACAUGUAACAGACUGGAUAGAAAAGAAACUGGAGCAGGAGUUCCAGAAAAUCCUUGUGAUGCCAAACAUGGAUGACGUGUGGCUCCACAUCAUGCAUUCCGCCAUGGACCCUCGGUCCGACACGACGCUAACGGACAGCAAGGGGGGCGUGAAUGCCCCUGAGCCUGACCUUCCUCUGUCUGAGGGUCUAUGAGGCGCUGUACAAGUCCCAGCAGGUGGCCAAACAUAUAGCUUAUGUUGGUGGGUAAUAGGGAGCAGUUUGCUCCUCACAUCCACGCUAGGGGCCAUUGGUGUCUCCUUCCUGCCUUUGAGGAGAACAAAGAAGACACAAAAACUUUGCUGCUUUAAUUACUUUAUCAGUGAAAGGUGUGAUGAAGAAGAAGUUUCUGUGAGAGGAAAACAUGAGGAAAGAGCAGCAAGUCUGGGUUGAGAUGAAGGACUAUGUAUGUGAGAGAAGAUGAUUGUGGGUAACUUAGUCUCUGUGCUCCCCAGAAACUGGAAGGAAGAUGAUAUGCAACUAUGAUUUAAGGGUUGGGGUGUGAAUAUUUAAUCAGGUGGACUGUUUAUCAGUAUGUAUUAGGGCUGCACAAUAUGGGGGAAAAUAGUAUUGCAGUUAUAUAAUAAUAAUAAUAAUAAUAAUAAUAAUAAUAAUAAUAAUAAUAUUAUAUGCAAUAUAAUAAAAAACUUGUGAAUGUCACAUGAUUAAAUACUGGCCUGCUUUACUUUGACAGAAGUAAUUUACAUUUGCUGGGUUACAUGAAGACCUUGAUUCAUCAAAACGGCUACAGAAUUGCUCAGAAGGCUUAAACACUCAUUGUGAUUUGAUUAGAGGGUGCAUAAGAUAUCAGUAUUGCAAAGGUCAGUAUCCUGAUAACAGUUAAUAAAUGAAAUAUUGUGCAGCCCUAUUAUGUAGAGAUAUUGCAUAUAAAUAAACCUACAGCAGAAGUGUCAAACUCCAGUUCUGAGGACUCACUACCAGCUUAAUGUCACACCAGUGGAGUUUAAACACAGUUGAAGGUCUGACUUGAAUAGGGUCGUCCAUUGUUCCUCAAUGCCAGUCCUGAGGUUUCUGUACUUUUCCUGCUCUAAAACACCUGCUUCAGGUAAAUGGGCCACAAUCUUAGCUGAAAAUGAACUGCAGUAGAAUUAAUUGAGCUGAAUUAUUUUUUUGUUCAUGGUAUGCAGCUGUCACAGAAACAACUCAAGCUCAAAUAGACAAACAUUACUCACUGCCACCCUCUGAAGGUGUUAUUAACGAGAAAUAAACAAAUAAGCACAUUCUUUUUGUUGUGUUGUAAACAUAUCAUUGUGAAAUGUAAUAAGUCUAGUAAAUGUUAGUUAAUAACUGAAAUCGGUGUAAAUAAUUGUGAUCAGACGAACGUAAUAAUUGUGACAGGCCUAGUUACUGAGCUCUUCCUGAGCCUAAGCGUGUUGGAGCAGAGAAAAUUCCAAACAUAUUCCGCAAAGCAGGAUUCCUCAUUUAGUUUGAUAGCUUAAAAGAAUAGAAUAGUACGCAGCAAUUAGUGUGAUGUACAGCCACCAAUUAGCAUGAAGGAAAAAUGAGGUUUGACUGUUUGCAAUGUCCUUUAGCUCUGCUGGUCAGGCUUCCCUUUUGUAUUUUCUGGCUAUUUAAAAAAAGUCCUGCUUUGUAAAGCCCUCUAGGACUGGGAUUGAGGAGCAGCGGUGCUGGUGAGCCUUUGCUGCUGUUCUGAGAUCAAUUAUGUAACUAGAUUAAAUGGUUCGGCUUGGAUGUAUUUGCCUGCAGCCAUAAACUGUGCCUGAAUACUCCAGAAUGAAAGUUAUAUCGGUGAUUAGAAGAUAUCAUUAGAAGGACGAUGUUUUUGUGUGUGUGUGUGUGUGUGUGUGUGUGGCUGUGCACUGUGUGACUUUAUAAUGGUGUGUAUAUGAGACCAAACGCAGUGUAUUUAGUAUAAAACUAUAGCAUCAAAUGCACACAUGCUCUAGUCAAGGCCAGCUCGGGUCUGAUGUACUGGUGUACUCUAGAGGUACUUGCAUUGUACUCCGCUUCCAGUAUCCCACGUAUAUUACAGCGUUGAGUCCCUACUUUGUGUCCUUGUCUAUGUGUCUGUCACCUAUGCAUCAGUCACUAGUGUCAGGUUUUGGUGGUUUACAUUGCAAAUGUGUUGUUAGCUAGCUGCUUACCAAACUAUAAAAUGUGGGAGAAUCUCGCUCUGACCAAAUAAUCGAAAAUGUAGAGCUUAUUUAUUUUUUCCAGUAUCUGUCUUGAAUUUGCUUUCAUAUUUGAUCUGGAAUUUGUUACCAUGUCUAUUCUGACGUUUGACUGGUUUUGCUUACUGAUUAACUGAUAAAACACUAUAUAAAGAUGCCCAAGUGGCAUAACACGUGAAAUUACUUAUGUGUAGUGUAGCGGUGCAUCCUGCGUAAGUCCGCAGAGCACAGCUGACUGAGGUGGUGACCACACUGCAGAAUUGGCACAGUGGUUAGCAGCAUAUGCGUCAAACAUAGAGCCUCGGAAGGCCAAAGGGGAAUUCUUUACAGUGGUGGUGAUAGGAACCAGGGGUCGCCAUGACUACAACCCAAAUAUAGCCUUUUUAUUUACUACCCAAAACCACCAGUGAACUUACAUGGCUUUAAACUUUUUAUAUGUAAUGAUGAUGGAAAAACGGGUAAAUCUGGAAAAAGUAACUUUCUUUUGGGGACUAUUUUGCCUCAUAACACCCUGCAGGUAUCUCCCCAUCAUAAAUGGAUUUAAAAGAAUACGUUUUGGGCCAAAACCAUCCCAAAACUAUCAUAAAAACAGUGUCUCAGACAUCGGGCUGCAAAUUCAUAACCAUUUCAUGUAGUAAUUUUCUGUCUGGGGAGCUUCUAGAGGCUUUAGGCUCUUCCGAUGGCUCCCGUCACCGUCACUGUGAGCAGGUCUUGCUCAUUCAGCUACGCUAGAACAAGGUCACUGUGUGUGUCUGAGAGUGUAUGCAGAAAUGUAUAGAAUCAUAAAUGGUACCCGAUAUGUAAAGUAUGCUGAGGGUCUGAUGCAUCAUGAGGUCAUGAAUGUUUGUGUUUUUUUGUGUGUGUGUGCGUCUGUGACUGUUCUUAUAUGCCUUUCCUGCUAUUGUUUGAUAAAAAGAACGUAUAUGAAGAUUUAUUUCCUUUUUAUCACUGAUAAAAGAAGUAAUAUAUAGAUACUACGUUUGCAUAUACUAUGGAGGAUUUUCUGCAAAAUAUGGUAUGAUUGUAUAUGAAGCCAUUUUGCCUAAUAUCUUUUUUUCUUUUUCUUCUGAAAACGUAUGACAUUCCCGGUCGGAUGUAGAUUAGCCAAGCUGGAUUAGCCUGAAGGAAACCACUUCAUAACUGAAGGAGAACCAGUGCUUCAAGUGCGCUUUCAUUUCCUAAGAAUCCAUUCUUUAAGCACUGUUUCCACAAGCGCCGCACAAAGCUGAGGCUGAGUCUUUUUCCCCAGGUCACUAAAGCACUAUGAACGUUCUUUCAGGCUUAUUACAGUUACACAGUUACGCUACAGUUGUGCAACAGUGAAUAAGGGCUCGGUUGACAGUCACAGGCCCGACGAGAAGAAGUAUUGUAAAGUGAUACUGUGAUAUGCGUUUCCUGUGAACACUGCGGUCUUUCUCAUGCGCUGAAAUACUCCAUACACUACUGAUGUUGACCGUGCAAAGUUUUGAUUUGCCUCUCUGAGAAGCUUCCGCUUCUGUGAAACUGUACGAAAUGUGUAUUUGAAUGUGGACACUUCGUUUAGGCUUGUUUACAGGGAGAAAAUGUGUUUGCUAUCAUAGAUUUCUCUCCUUCAGAGUCUUUUUUUCCCAUCGAUUUCUGGAUUAUUACUUGAUUUUCUUUAAAUCAUCAGCGAAGGAAAUCUCAAUUACUUUUGCUUACUUAUAAUUGAACCUGAUUUUGCCUUAAAUGUAGCUGGUUGCGAUCCUAAAUGAAUCCCUCUGCAAGAGGCUAAUGUGUAUUCCUGAAGGAAAUGUAAUGAAGAUAUAUUCCUAUCGAAGUAAUUCAUGGUUUAAUUAGUUUUAAAACUGGAUCAGAAACCUCUAUGCCAAUAAGUGUGUACCACGCUGUGUAAAAAUCAGGGCAGUAUUAUUGUGAGAGAUUUUUCCUUCUUUCUUUCGGACACACACAUAUAUGCCUUGUCGUAUCUGACUCCACAAGUGUUGCAAAAAUGGCAGUUUGUUUUUGCAGACCUUGCUUAUUUGAUAUGUAUUUUUUCUUUUACAGUCUCGCUUUGUAGGCUAUGUAUGUGGGUUAAAAUGUUAACCUGUAUGGCUUUGUAAUUUUUCUUAAAUAAUUGAAAUAAAGUUUUUUUUCCAUG